UCCAGUGAGUUUACCCAUCCAGAGUAUUUAAAAAAUUUCAAAACAGGAAAUUAAAAUGAAUUUUCCUCAAGCAGCAGUCGCAGAUAUUUUACGUGGUAACCAAAGAGAUCAAGCGUUUGUCAACGACUUGGAAACACAGCUGCAUUCUUUUCUGAAACACAUCAAUGUACGAGCUUACCACAAAAUACGAACAUUUGUUCCUUCCGUGGCAAAUAUUUGGUAUUAUUAUAUGACUUCUCUAGGCAAUUUGCAAACUUUAGGUGAAGAAUAUAGCGGGACUAUUCGACUGACACGAUCUAAUAGGAUACCUACAGGACUGCAACAACUAAUCUGGAUGAUACUCUACAUUGGAGGUGAACCGCUAAUAGACAAAGUUUUGACCUACACAGAAACUUCAGUAAAAAAAUCACCCUCUUUAACACAGCGAGCUAAAGAUGAACUGGUGAAAUUCAUCCAAAUUUUUAUGGAGCACAAAUUUACCAUCAAAAGGAUUCAUCAUUCUCUCUUUUAUAUUGGUGGGAAAUAUUACAAUAUUGCAAAUAGAAUUACAGGAAUCAAAUAUGUUUUGUUAAGAGAUUGGAUGCACGAUGACUCAUUUUCAGGAAGUUUCAAGAUAUUGGGCCAGCUAUCUUUAUUCUAUAUACUGUUUACUUUAAUUUAUCAAAUAAUAUCCAUAGAUUCACAGUUUAAUAGUAAAGAUAUUCAAAAUAUAUCUGAGAAUAUAAGUCAAUCAGCUAAAACUUGUGUUUUGUGUGUUGACAAUAUUAAAAGCCCUACAGCGACUCCUUGUGGUCAUGUUUUCUGUUGGAACUGUUUAUGCGAUUAUUUGAAUUAUCAGAAAGCAUGUCCUAUUUGUAGGGAUGAGAUUUUGCCUAGUAGGAUUAUGUUUCUACAAAAUUAUAUUUAGGAUUAAAAAUUAUUCCUAUUUGUUAUAAAUAUUUUGUUGCAAAGUUUAUGUUCUGUUUUCUUUGGAAAAUAUAAUUAUAUUUUAGUAAUUUUAAAUAUAUGCUUUACUUCCGUUGUCCACAUUGAAUUUACCAGGUUUGUUUGUGUAAAUAAAUUAGAGCCCUUUACAAAUUUACACAAUAAUUAUCACUAACUAGCGUAAAAAUCAAACAAGAAGAAGCCACACGCGUUAUCGUUUGUCUCACUUUAAAUGGGAGGGACCCAGAGAAAAGGAAAUCUGCCUUCUUUGUCAGCGCUGACGUCAAUGCUGCCCUCCUAAGAAUAAACGCGGUAUGUUCAUGAGGUGGUGAACUGAAAUAUUCACUUUUAAAGUUUUU